GUCUUUCUCCCGAUUUUAGGAACAUAAAAAAAAAAUGAGAAAGAAAGAGGACAAAACCAAAACCAAGAACGACGACACUCCAUCUCUUUGCUUCGUUUCUAAACAGAAGGUUUAACCCAAAUAGAUCGGUGAAAAGUAAGACACAAUGAAAGUAAUCAAGCUUUCUUCCUUUGAAGAAAUCCGAUUCCCUAUUUAUUGGUGACAUAUUUCGCAUAUAAAAUAGGUAUACCGUAUUACCCUGAAAUCGAAUUACUCUAUUGAGGAUGGGAGAUCAUUUUGUACUACUGGUGGAUCGGUUGCUGACUGAAUCCACACUUGAAGCUGCAUUAGAGAGUAGAAAUUUGUCUCAACAAAAAGCCGCCCCCCCGAUAGGAGUUGAGACCGCAACUUUAACUGACAUCUCAUCCGACAAGAUGGACUUCAUCCCUGGGAAACUUGUGGAAUGUAGGAUUUGUCAGGAUGAGGAUCACGACUCUAAAAUGGAGACACCUUGUUCUUGUUGUGGUAGCUUGAAGUAUGCUCACCGGAGAUGUGUCCAGAGGUGGUGUAACGAGAAGGGGGAUACUAUAUGUGAGAUAUGUCACCAGCCAUUUAAACCAGUUUAUACGGCACCUCCCCCAUUAUUUCAUUAUGGGGGUAUUCCGAUGAGCUUUAGAGGAAAUUGGGAGAUUCCCAGGCGGGAGCUAUAUAACCCUCGAUUUAUAGCUAUGGUUUCAACAGAUCGCAGUUUUCUGGAUGGUGACUACGACGGUUAUUCAUCUCCCACUUCAAGAAGUCUGACGUGUUGCCGUACAGUCGCUAUAAUUUUCGUGGUUCUUCUAGUCCUACGUCAUGCUUUGCCCAUCAUUAUCAGUGAAACGGAGGACUACUCUUUCACAGUGUUCAUGUUGUUGCUAUUAAGGAUCUCUGGAAUGCUUCUACCAAUUUAUCUGACUAUCAAAGCAGUGACUGCCAUUCUACGCCGGCGUCACCCACAUGAACCUCAUGAUUUGUCCUAUAGCACAUCAUCUGGAGAAGAAGAUGAGCAGACGCAUCUGCAGCCUCAGCAACAUCUUAUCCAUGUUCACUAAGAUAGUAAUGUAUAUACAUGUAGGCCACCCCCACUAGGUCCAUACUAGAAAAUGCACAAUGAAGGUUGAACAUCGAUUCAAGCAUAUCAUUGAAUUUGUGUAAUUAUGUACAUAUUAAAUAUCACAAUUUAUUUAUACACUCAGCUGAAAGCCUGACAACGUUAGAUAUAAGUCCUUAACCCUUUUAGUUUUGGACGUGUAUGAUUUUAAAAUUCAUGUCUGAACAGCAGGGAUU